UUCAAAUUAGUGUUACUAGAAUAUUUACUACCUACUAGUGAUUAGUGUUUGUUAAAUAUUUACUACCUACCAAAAUACUUCCCAGCUUACAUACUUAAUAUGAUAACGACAACAUUAAGUUUCGCAAUGCAUAUAUUAAUGCGCUCGUAUAAAAUCUUAACUCCAGUUGGUCAUUUGUUGGAAUUCGUGCUGCCGUAUCGUACCAUGGCUAAAGCUGUUGCAGGAAAAAUCAAUUUCAAUACAAAACAUUUAAAGCGAGGUGACCCCCUUCCACCAUAUAAUGGAAAACUGCGAGUUUAUAAUAUGCGACUUUGCCCCUUUGCACAACGCACUAUCCUGGCUCUAAAUGCAAAGAACAUUGAUUAUGAAAUCGUCAACAUCAAUUUGGCAGAGAAACCUGAAUGGUUGACUAGCAAAAGUGCUUUUGGUAAAGUGCCAUCAAUUGAGAUCAAAGAGGGUGUAUGCAUUUACGAGAGUCUUAUAACUGUAGAGUACUUAGACGAGGUCUACCCGCAACGGCCGCUGCUGCCAAAAGAUCCGGUUAGGAAAGCUAUGGAUAAAAUCAUCGUUGAAGCCUCGGGACCGAUCGUAACGUUUUUCUUGAAAAGUAUCAAGGCGCCAGACACGAUCACAGAGGAGACAGUUUCUGCGUUCCACAAAGCUUUGGAGUUCAUCCAAGAGCAACUGAAGGAGCGCGGCUCGCCGUACCUAGCUGGCGAUGAGCCUGGCUACGUGGAUUACAUGAACUGGCCGUGGUUCGAGCGGCUACUGGUCUUCAAGGAAGAGGAUCCCCGUGUGAAAAUCGAUCCAAAGAAGUUUAAAUUACUGACGGCGUAUCUGGAGAAGAUGAAGAAAGACCCCGCAGUUGUUCCGUACCUAGUUCCAGACAAUGUCAUGGUCGCAUUCCACGAGGCGUUCAAAACGGGCUCCACUCCUAACUACGAUCUUCUAGACUUUUAAAUAACCUACCAACAUUUUUAUUUUUUACCAAUACUUAUCUAUGUAUAGUUGUAAUUUUUCUCGAAAUAAAAUUCAUUAUUCUAUUUUCGUUACCUA